AUGCAGUACUGGGCCAGGAGGCUGGAGCAGGAGAUUGAUGGAGUGAUGAGGAUAUUUGGUGGAGUCCAGCAGCUCAGAGGGAUCUACAAUGAGAAUAGAAACCUGUUUGAAGUCAAGGAGAACGUGCCCAGGAAAUUGGUGGAGAAGGUCGCAGGGGACAUUGAGAGCCUCUUGGCCAAGAAAGUCCGUGCUUUAAAGAGACUUGCCAACGCGGCGGAGAAGUUCCAGAAGGCUCACCACUGGCAGGACAACAUCCGGGAUGAUCCCGAUGGAGAAGAGAUCGAGAGGGAGAAGUCCAACUCAUUGAAGCUGGAGUUCACCGAUGACGCCAACUUCAAGACCAAGGUUAACUAUUCGUACGCUGCCGUGCAGAUCCCCACGGACAUCUACAAAGGCUCCACCCCGUGGAGAGCCCCCAAUAAGAUCGACCUCUACGACGUGCGCAGGCGGCCCUGGUACAUCCAAGGCGCCUCCUCCCCGAAGGACAUGGUCAUCAUCGUGGACGUGAGUGGCAGCGUGAGUGGCCUCACCCUCAAGCUGAUGAAGACCUCGGUCUAUGAGAUGCUGGACACCCUCUCGGAUGAUGACUACGUCAACGUGGCCUCGUUCAACGAGAAGGCGAAGCCGGUGUCGUGCUUCAAGCACCUGGUGCAGGCCAACAUCCGGAACAAGAAGGUCUUCAAGGAGGACGUGCAGGGGAUGGUGGCCAAGGGCACAACCGACUACAAGGCUGGCUUUGAGUACGCCUUCGACCAGCUGCAGAAUUCCAACAUCACGCGUGCCAACUGCAACAAGAUGAUCAUGAUGUUCACGGACGGUGGCGAGGACAGGGUGCAGGACGUCUUUGAGAAGUACAACUGGCCCAAUAAGACGGUGCGGGUCUUCACGUUCUCCGUCGGGCAGCACAACUAUGACGUGACCCCGCUGCAGUGGAUGGCCUGUGCCAACAAAGGUUACUACUUCGAAAUCCCCUCCAUCGGCGAUCCGCAUCACAACACGCAGGAGUACCUGGACGUGCUGGGCAGACCCAUGGUCCUGGCCGGGAACCGAGCCAAGCAGGUUCAGUGGACCAACGUCUACCAGGAUGCCCUGGGGCUGGGUCUGGUGGUGACAGGCACGCUGCCAGUGUUCAACCUGACGGAGGACAGCAGUGACAGGAAGAACCAGCUGAUCCUGGGCGUGAUGGGGAUCGACGUGGCUCUCAACGACAUCAAGAGGCUGACGCCGCGAUACAACCUGGGGGCGAACGGUUACGUCUUCGCCAUCGACCUGAACGGCUACGUCCUGCUGCACCCCAACCUGCAGCCCCAGAUCAUCAAUUUCCGUGAGCCAGUGACGCUGGACUUCCUGGAUGCUGAGCUGGAGGAUGAGAACAAGGAGGAGAUCCGGAGAAGCAUGAUUGAUGGGAACGACGGGCAGAGGUUCAUCAAGACCCUCAUCAAGUCCCUGGACGAGCAAUACAUCGACGAGGUGUUCAGGACCUACACAUGGGCCCCCAUCAAAAGCACCAACUACAGCCUGGGGCUAGUUCUGCCUCCCUACAGCACCUACUACAUCCAGGCCAACCUCAGUGACCAGAUCCUGCAAGACCUCAUCUGCGUCCUCAUAGACGACGGGGGCUUCCUGGUGCUCUCCAACCAGGAGGACCACUGGUACCAGGUGGGCAAGUUCUUCAGCGAGGUGGACGCCAACCUGAUGUCCGCCCUCUACAACAACUCCUUCUACGCCCGCAACGAGUCCUACGACUUCCAGUCCGUCUGCGCCCCCGAGGCCCAGAGCAACACGGGCGCUGCGCCCCGCGGCGUCUUCGUGCCCACCGUGGCUGAUCUCCUGAACCUCGCUUGGUGGACCUCGGCCGCAGCCUGGUCCCUCUUCCAGCAGUUCCUGUACGGCCUCACCUACAGCAGCUGGUUCCAGACGGAGGAGGUGGCGGGGGACAGUAUGGAGGCCAGGGAGACGAGCUGCAUCAUGAAGCAGACGCAGUACUACUUCAGCACUGUCAAUGCCACCUACAACGCCAUCAUCGACUGCGGCGGUGGCUGCGUCAUUGCCCGGCGGCACAGUAGAGGCCGUGGAGACAUGUCUGACCACUUCGCCUUUGCCUCUUUCUUCCCUGAGAUCUUGCAGCCCGUGGUGGGUCUGGUGGCCAACCUGGUGCACGGCAUCCUGGUGAAGGCUUUUCUUCCCCCGUUCCCCGAGCGGCCUGUGUGCUGUCUGACAGCCUCUGAGCGCACCACGUGGCACGAGAACUCUGCGUAUGUAGUCUGGGAGCCUGAGCGGGUUUCUGCGGGGCAGUCCCAGGCGCUCUGGGUCGUCUCUAGCACUGCUGAAUCCACCCUCUCCUGCCGGGAAGAAGCCAGGGGAUGA